CAUUGCCAAACUCAUUAUUAAGCUAUUUAAGGUUCUGUAGUAAAAUUUUGAAUAUAGUUAGAGAGAAAAUGAGAGGAGUUUUGAUUUUUUUAAUCUUGGUUAUUGGGGUCAUUCUAUUUUCCCAAGUUGGCCAUUGUUAUGGACAACUCAAGGUAGGAUUUUAUCAUGGUAAGUGUGGAGAAAAAAAUGUUGAAAAAGUUAUUUAUGAUGUAGUUCAGCAAAAGAUUGCAAGUGAUCCAGACACCGUAUCCGAUCUUGUUCGUCUAUCGUUUCAUGAUUGUUUUGUUAGGGGUUGUGAUGCAUCGAUAUUACUUGACGGAGAAAAUGCCGAGCAAAAAGCACCAAUAAAUCAAGGACUUGGUGGCAUCAAAACUGUUAAUGACAUCAAGAUAGCAGUUGAGAAAGAAUGCCCAGGAGUUGUCUCUUGUGCUGAUGUCCUUGUUAUAGGUGCUAGAGCUUCGAUUGCUUUGGCAGGAGGAAAAUGGUAUGAUGUAGAAACAGGAAGAAGAGAUGGACGUAUAUCACUUAAAAGUGAAGCACAAGCAAAUAUUCCACCACCAGAAAUGCCAAUACCUAAAGCCAUUGAAUUGUUUGCUAAAAAAGGACUCAACAAGGAUGAUUUUGUUGUUCUUCUAGGUGGACAUACUGUUGGAACUGCACACUGCCAUUCAUUCAAAAAACGUUUGUACAACUUUCACAACACCGGCAAACCUGAUCAAACCAUCAAUCAAUCCCUACUCCAACUCUUGCGAAAGACGUGUCCAAUAAAUACUCAAACGGACAAUGAAACAUUCCUUGACCAAACACCAAACAGUCAUUUCAAAAUUGACAAUGAUUACUAUAAGCAAAUUCUAUCAUACAAUGGCAUAUUAGAAAUAGAUCAAAACAUGGCGUUAAGUCCUCUAACUAGAGGUUUAGUUAAAGGCUUAGCCUAUAAUCCUACCCAUUUUCUCGACCUAUUCGGCCCAGCCAUGGUCAAGAUGGCUAGAAUAGGAGUUCUCACAGGCUGCCAUGGGGAGAUCCGCAAAACCUGUGGUUCUGUUAAUUAGACAAUUGAGGUAGUCUAAAUAAAGAAAUAUAAUUUGUAAUACCGGCAAACCACUCUUGUGUGAAUGAAUUUCAUUGAAUGAAGAUUUUAUGAUUUUAAUUUAUUUUUUUUUAAUUUCGUU